GCCGCCCGGCCCAGCGCGAGAGAAGACUCCAUGUAUAAAAGACCAUAAAUACAGAGCAAGUAAUGAAAAGGAAAUACAUUGUAUCCAACUGUUCAUACCAGCUGUCUCUAUAAGCUUUGCAGGUAAAGCAGGCAGAACGCAGCGAGGCGUCUGUCGCUGCCGCCAUGCCGUUCCCUUUUGGGAAGUCUCACAAAUCUCCAGCAGACAUUGUGAAGAACCUGAAGGAGAGCAUGGCUGUUCUGGAAAAACAAGACAUUUCUGACAAAAAAGCAGAAAAGGCUACAGAAGAAGUCUCCAAAAAUCUGGUUGCCAUGAAGGAAAUUCUGUAUGGCACAAAUGAAAAAGAGCCACAGACAGAGGCGGUCGCACAGCUUGCUCAAGAACUGUAUAAUAGUGGGCUCCUUAGCACGCUGGUCGCUGAUUUACAGCUCAUCGACUUUGAGGGCAAGAAAGACGUGGCUCAAAUUUUCAACAAUAUUCUCAGAAGACAAAUUGGUACAAGAACUCCUACUGUGGAAUACAUCUGCACCCAACAGAAUAUUUUGUUCAUGUUAUUGAAAGGGUAUGAAUCUCCAGAAAUAGCUCUAAAUUGUGGGAUAAUGUUAAGAGAGUGCAUCAGACAUGAACCACUUGCAAAAAUCAUUUUGUGGUCAGAACAGUUUUAUGACUUCUUCAGAUAUGUCGAAAUGUCAACAUUUGACAUAGCUUCAGAUGCAUUUGCCACGUUCAAGGAUUUACUUACAAGACAUAAAUUGCUCAGUGCAGAAUUUUUGGAACAACAUUAUGAUAGAUUCUUCAGUGAAUAUGAGAAGUUACUUCAUUCAGAAAACUACGUGACAAAAAGACAGUCCCUCAAGCUUCUUGGCGAACUGCUAUUAGACAGACACAACUUCACAAUUAUGACUAAAUACAUCAGUAAACCCGAGAACCUCAAGUUGAUGAUGAACCUUCUACGGGACAAAAGUCGUAACAUCCAGUUUGAGGCCUUUCACGUGUUCAAGGUGUUUGUAGCCAACCCCAACAAGACGCAGCCCAUCCUGGACAUCCUCCUCAAGAACCAGGCCAAGCUCAUAGAGUUUCUCAGCAAGUUCCAGAAUGACAGGACCGAGGACGAACAGUUUAACGAUGAGAAGACCUAUUUAGUUAAACAGAUCAGGGAUUUGAAGAGACCAGCUCAGCAAGAAGCCUAAUUUCCAAUAAACACCUAAAAUAUUAAAUCCAAAUUCAGCAUUUGCUGUUAGCUAUUCCGCAUCAGCACUCUUACGAUUCAUGAGGAACAUUACUGCUAAUCUGCUGUUAAGUGAACGGUUUUUCCUUUUACCUAUUUUGUUUCUUAGUCCGAGUUGGAGAACGUAGCUGCUGCUUCCUUGCACACUAGAGCACACGUGGACUUUUCUUGAUCUUUGUGUCAUUUCAGAAAUCCAAGACUCCAUUGCUGUGGGAGUUCGGAAGGCGGCUGGUUCCCGAAGGCAAAGGUCUGGGUGGUGGUGGGGCGAGGGGAGGGGGCGCCGGCCUCUCCCGCCUAAAGAUCUGAGCGUGGCUUCCUGGCCAGGUCGCCCACUUCGCAGAGCAAGACUAGGGGGGGCUCUAGUGGAAAUCAGAGGGGAACUGUGUCAAAGAUGAGAGCUUUGGGCAGGUAAAGUUGACAUAAGAAUAAAUGAUGUUGAGACUUAGCAACUUCUCGAAAGUAGGAUGCUUCACAAGGUCAUAGAGGAAAUGUAUAUAUGCUUUUCACGGCUUUCUAGAAUUUUUUGACUUUUGAUUUUCUUGAGACUUGUAAACCUGGAUAUGUUGAAGGGUAUUUGUUAAUUUUACUUUUUGAAGGUCUUUUAAAAGAGUAGCUCUAGGAAUGACACCUUGCAUUUCAUUUCAACAAUGCUUACAGGUUUCUUUUGUACAUAAUUCUUAGAAUGCUCAUUUCUUUUAAAUGAUUUAAUUUGUACAGCAGAGGAAUGUUAUUGUAUUGUAACUAUUACCUAAUAUUGAGUUUUUGCAAAAAAUGAAUGCUCAUAUGUAAUUGAAAUACUUCAGAUCACAUGAAAAUGCUGAUUGAACAUUUAAGUACCACAGCAUUAAAAGAAAAAAGUAAACCAAUCUUUGUAUCCAGUUACCGAGUAGGGUGCCACCCGGGCGAUCAGGCAGACCAGGCUCUGUCAGCUGUACUCUCCUGCGUGACGUCGACCUUACGUCCUAUGAGUCACGGGUUCGCCAGAUCUAUGAAUGAUACAGAUUAUGCUGAGUUAAUGCUGAUUCGGGGCGGGGGGUGGGGGUACCUGUGUAGAGCACCUUUUCUUUCUUAGAGUAAGUAAUCCCGUACCGUAGUCGUGGCCAUGACUAGCUGAGACUUGGCUUCUCUGAGGGGAGGAGUCCUUCGCAGUCUGAGGUGUCCUCUGGGGAAAUGUAUUUUUUUUAAUGUCCUGUUCCUUAAUGCUGCAAAUUAUCAGUAUUUAUAAAGUAACUGAUUUGGCACCUCUUUUUUUGUUACUGGGCCCACGGCUGAACAGCGUCUUCUAGAAUACGUCCAUGUGAAGUUAUUAGAAUGGCCUCUGUUCAUCGUAGUGAUACAAAGAUCACAACUAACAACUUACAAAUCAGAGUUUGCCAGUUCGAAUUCAGCAUGGCUGCAGCUGAUUAAGAAAUUUAUAGAAUUAUUCUUUGCUAGCCUCUCUUACUAAUUGAAUUAUUUAUCAGCCAGUAAACGAAACCCCCCAAAGGGUGUUGCAGCAGGUUUCAAAACCUCCUAGGAACACCCGUUAGGAAAACUAGCACCAGAAAAUAUAGAUAUAUUUUAUUCUAUUUAAUUAAAAUGGCAGCCUGCAUCACAGUGGUUUUCCUGAGACUGCCUCUACCAAAAUCGGUGUCAAAUAAUACAUGUUUUUCUAUUGGAAACUGGGAGUGCCACCUAAGUACCACCUGUGUGAGGAGGCCGGCCCGCCCCUCGGGGUGCGGGGUCGGGGUCGGGUGUCUGCGUGGCUGGGCGUCUGGGCUUAAUGUCAAAAUGCAGCCACACCAGGGGAGGCCAGUCUCCUCCACAAGCUGGUUCUUAGAACUUGAAACCAGAAAGCACCUCCCUGGGUGGAGCCACAGCCCCCUGGCAUGUGGCUCCUGUUUUCUUGGUUUUUUGUUCUUGUUCAUUUGUUUUAAACAAAAAUGUGAUUGAGAGUUGACAGUUGCAUCUGAGGUUAUGAUCAUUUAAUAUAUAUUACCAAAACUGUUGUACUAGACGUGGUUUCUCUUUGUGUUAUAAAGGUUUAAUUUUACAUAAGUCAGUUACUGGAUGUGAUUUUUAACCCUUAAGCAGGUGGAGAUGUAUACAAUUGUUAACAAUGCCAUAAAAGCAUUUCCUUUCUCCUAAGGAAAAGUUAAUUUCUUAUCAGAAUAUCUGGCUGGCCCUGUAAUUUAAAUUAAAAUAAAAUUUUGGAGAAAUAGCUUCGUCCU